CACACCGUACGUGCAGUGGCCAGCCCAGUGCAGAGAUGGUGCAUUCAUUAAAGUAUACACACGAAGAAAAAUCACAAAAGUGAUAAUUAUGGGCGAAUUAUAUAUGGAUGGAAAGGUCUUGUCUUGUUAUACACAAAUGCGUCACUAAAAAGUCUUAUAGAUGUCGUGGAAAUGCAAGAAAUGUAAUUAUAAGAGACCCUUCUCAGCCCCCCAGACGGACGAUAUUACGAGUCGAAAACGGUCGAGAAUAGUGACGUCACACAAUCGACGGCUCUUCAUACUCUCUCUACAUAUUGCAUUGAUUCCCCCUGCUGCCUUUUGCUGGAUCUGUAUUUAUUGUCCAAAUUUACCGUUUUCUUCGUAUAAAGUGACGUCCGAUUCCAGUUCUUGAACACUAAUUGUGUUACUGUACCCUUUUUUAUUGAAUUGUCAACUUGUAAAGUCCGAUUUUGACCUCUGGAUUGGAAGUCUUCGUUGUGUUGCUUCACAAGUUCACUCCAGAUUCCAGUGGUGUAUGUUGAAAAGGGGUCCCCAAGCUGUAGCGGGCUAUGCCCUGCUGGCUGCCGGGUACUGCGGGGGAGCCGAUUCUUCACGUUACGCUGUUUGAUUACCAAGGUGAGCGUUGGAGAUGGAAUCAUCAGAAAAUGGCAACCAAGGCAAACCAAAAGAAGGCAAAAAGAAGAGGAAAACUGGUACCCGGUGCAUCGUAUAUGGAUGCGGGAAUACCAUAUAUCAGGGUUUCGCUAUGCACCAAAUGCCAGGAAAGAUGCCACUAGGGCAAGAACGAUUUGAUAGCAUUCAGAAACAGUGGAUUGCUUUCAUUGGGAGAAAAAGAAAAUUUGACUUUAAAGAUGCAAAACAAUAUGCGAGAAUAUUUGUAUGUAGCGGCCACUUCCUGCUUGAAGACUACGAGCCAACACAAGUAGAAAUGUAUAGGAGAGGACUAAGGACACGACCACCAUCGUUAAAGGCUGGUUCCUCUCCUUCUUUGGAUAUUGCUGUACAGCCAUUUCCAUCUGACUGGUUCUUGCCUUCACCAUCUUCUCUACUGUCUUUGGCAUCAUCACCACCUUCAGGCACAUCAACAGCGGAUAGUCCACACUCUGAGUUUGCCAGUGCCAGCUGCUCAGUACCACCUACACCUGCUGUUAAUGCACCACCUUCAACUGAUUUCCAAAGUCCGUCUCUCUUGGCGCAUGGUCCUGAUAAGCCAAAGCGAAGCCGCAAGGAAUCCAUAUACAUCAGAAAAAGAGAAGCUGAUGCACUGUUCAUUGAAUAUGCCAGACAAGCAGAGGAAGAACAAGCCCAAGACAUUCUAGAUCGCUCAAAAGGUGAACAGUGUGGCGUCAGAACUGCUGAUCGCAAAGUUGGAAUUCGUGUACAGAAACGUUCCUGCAAAGUUCAUGUAAAGCCGAAGACCAUGUCAAAAGGAACUCAAGUGAAUAUGACACAGAAGACACAUAGUCAGCAUCCAGUAGGCCUUCAGAUUUCAGAUGCUGGUACUCAAACUGAGACAACUAAUACACAGGACAAGGAUGAGGAUAUGAUGGAUGAAGAACCUGAUGAGGAUCCAGACUUUGAGAUAGGUUCAGAUUCGGAUGAGAAGAAAGAUCCAACCUACAAGCCAGGCAAAUCCAGAAGAAAUAGAAGCUCAUCAGAUGAGGAAACAUACAAAGUGACCAAAUCAGAUGAUGUACUGAAAGAAGAAAAGUACAUAGUCUUUGAAUCCAACCUGUUUGCAUUGUUCAACAAUUGCUUCAGUUGCCUUUCCAGUGAUGUACAGGUUGAGAAGAUUUGCCCUAGAUCUUUUGGCUCGCAGAUAAAGAUCAGGCAAACGUGUCUAAAGUGCAGUAAGAUUAAGGAAUGGCAUAGUCAACCAAAAGUUGGGAAUGUUUCUGCCGGAAAUUUGCUUUUGUCUGCAGCCAUUUUGUACGGUGGAGCCAGUCCAACCAAAGUCUUACGAGUACUCCAGCAUAUGAAUUUAAAGGCAAUCACUAACAACACCUUCCUGGAAUAUCAGUCUACCUACUUGCAGCCAGCCAUCAUGAGGGUGUAUGAACGAGAGCAAAGGUCUCUCCUCAGACAGUCAAGAGGGGAAAAGUUGGUCUUGGGAGGAGAUGGCCGUGCCGACUCACCAGGGCAUUCUGCCAAAUAUGGCAGCUAUGCCCUUAUGGACAUGAAGAGAAAGAAGAUCAUUAAUGUGGAGCUUGUGCAGAGCAAUGAGGUGUCAAGCUCAAACGCCAUGGAGAAAGAAGGUUUGGCGAGGGGAUUGGCGAAGCUUUAUGGAAUGGGAGUAGAGGUAGGAACCCUCAUCACUGAUCGACAUGCCUCGGUGGCUAAGUGGUUACGGGAGACAUACCCAGAGAUUGAUCACCGUUAUGAUGUUUGGCAUAUCGCAAAAGGAGUGAGGAAGAAAAUCACAGCUGUAUCAAAGCUGAAGGAUUGCGAGGUAGCUCACAUGUGGAAGCAGUCGAUGAUCACCCACAUAUACUGGUCGGCUGCAUCUACCCCGGAUGGGGAUGGAAAUAUUAUGGUAUCGAAAUACAAGUCAGUCUUCAACCACAUGAGAGAUGUGCAUGCUCAUGAAGGCGUCUAUCCUAAGUGCGGCCAUGGUGAUGAUUACCCUCCACGUGAAUGGAUGAGAGAAGGAACAAAAGUCUAUGAGAAGUUGUCUGAAGAGCUGCUGAAAACUCGCCUGCUGAAUGACAUGAAGAAAAUGUCACCUCUCGCACAAACCAGUUCAGUGGAAUCCUUCCAUAGUGUCCUCCUGUACUGGUGUCCAAAGAUGCUGGCAUACUCUUAUGCUGGGAUGAAAUGCAGGCUGUACCUUGCUGCUCUGCACUGGAACGAGAAUUCAGACCGGUCUCAAGCAACGAAGUCUGAUGGGUCACCAAUGUUCCGUGUCACCUAUCAGAAAGCCAAAGAAGGUCGUCAAACUGUCAGCAAGGUGCUAACUGCAUGUACUUUUGAGUAUGUGAAUGCUUUGAUGGUGGAGACAGUACGACUCGUUUCUGGAAAGCAGAAACUCCGCUCUGAAAUGGAAGAGCUGCAAAACAAACCGCCACUGUCAUCGAAAUAUGAGAGGCCAGACAGGGAGGAGGCUAUUCAGAAGGCAGCAGCACAUCAUCGAUUUGCCAUGGAAUAGAAGGAAUAGAAUUGACUGUGUUUAGAAUACUAUUUCAAUUAUUACUGAAACUUUCACUUGUCUUUAAUCAUUGCUGGAACCAUUAGUUUGUUUGAAGCAUUGGUUAGUGUUGUAUGAAAUGUUAAAAAGAAAAAUCCCUGAUCAAGCUAAUUAGAUUGACCAGCUCUGUGUAUAUUUUUUCUACGGUAUUUUGCUUUUCCCAAUUCUAACUAUAUCAUUCAUCCUCAGUUGUAGUCUGAUUUGUAUGCAUUUGUAAAUAAGUGUGGCAAUGUCAUGAUAAUGUGAUAGGCAGGACAAGACGACUGAAAGAUAUAUUUUAAAUUCUAUUUCAGGGGUAUUAUUGAGAUAUCCGUUGAUUCUAUUUCUUUCCGAUAGUAAUUUGACUUGGGGUGUCAUCUUGUUAAUGUGAGCAAAGGUAAAAAAAAAAAAAAAAAAAAAUCACCAAUCUACAUUGUACUUGCAC